UAGCCGGGGAGAGUAUGUACAGUAAUUUUGCAUUUAAGAUGAAGGGGGGAAGAUGCACUCAUUGAUAGAAACAUAAAUUAAAAACAAUAUCCCAUCUUGAGCAUGCUGUUAUUCAUUAUCUUUACAGCCGCUGAGAUUUAUUGUUGAAAUUUAUAGUGCGUAUUAUCAUCGUGGGGCAUAUUAUUACUAUUUUUUUUCCCCCCUGGGCGACGGGAGUUGAUAGGAGGGGCUAAGCUGCGCCCGCACCGCGCGCGCACAGCUACUCACCUCUGACUGAAUCCCAUCUUCAACCUUUCAUCCCUCAACUUGUCCCACGCGGGGGAUGGACGCGACCGGUCGCCUCGCGUGGAGCAGCGGGUGAAGCAGAGGCGUCAGGGAGGGGAUGCUGUUGAGGCGGCGGAACCGUCGGGAAGUGGAGAGGCGUCGGUUUGGGCGUCGGUGGUGAUGUUUGAAUUGGUGACUGCAGGAACUGCCAGCGUGUCGGAGAGUCGGGAGAGCUCAGCUCACUGGUGCGCUCUUACUGGAGAGUGAGAGGAGGAACGGACAUAUGAAUGAGACUUAUCUCCCUUCUUUAGUGGCUGAGAAUUGUUUCUUCUUUUUUUUUCUUUUUUUCUUUUUUUUUUUUUUGAGGUUGUUUUAGUUCACCGCGCCGAAACAGUUGUUGGCACAGACGAAAACGGGACUGACUGACUGAAUUGCUUUGGAAGGAAUUCUUGCAUUGAUAGCUUACGAGGCCAAUAUGCCAGAAUGGGUCCUCUACAGUAUCUAUUCCUCUGUGGACUUCUGUACACCCCAAGCGACGGGUCCCGUCUUCGCCAGGAAGACUCCCCUCCUCGAAUCAUUGAACACCCUUCUGACCUUAUCGUAUCGAAAGGCGAGCCAGCCACCCUCAACUGCAAAGCAGAAGGCCGUCCCACUCCCACGGUGGAAUGGUACAAAGACGGGGAGCGUGUUGAGACGGACCGCGAGAAUCCCCGUUCCCAUCGAAUGCUGCUGCCCAGCGGGUCACUCUUCUUCCUGCGCAUCGUUCACGGACGACGCAGCAAACCAGAUGACGGCAACUAUGUGUGCAUCGCCCGCAACUAUUUGGGAGAGGCCGUGAGUAGGAAUGCUUCCCUGGAGGUGGCAUGUAAGUUUGAUAUUCCGUUGUCUUCCUCUGGUCGAAACGGUUCUUUCAGGUGUCCGAGUUGUAUUGUGGAGGAAUGGUAGAGUGAAGUGACCUUUUAUGGGGUGUAUGAAAAUGUGAAAUUGUGUAAAUGUUGGAUUGAGAAAAGGUAGACUUCCGGUUAAAUUAAGCAUAACACUUUGGGGCAGUUGUGCUACAGGAUCCAUCGAAGGUGUCAUCUAUCAUAAUCCACGCAGCUUCACCUUCUCGACUGAACCUACCAGCGCGCCCGCUGUGUGUGUGUGUGUGCUCAAUGCGUGAGAAUGUGUGUGAAUCUGUUUUUCAGGCUGCUAGCGAGACCUGUUUGGAUGACCUGUUUGAGUAAUGUAUGGGCAAAGCUGUGAACCGCUCCGGGGAGGAACAAAGACGGGGGCAGGAUUUUAACCCAGCUAACUCCCUUUCACUGUUUAGAGUUGGAAGGAUGCAGCCAGCUCCCAGCCAGAUCGCUCCCUGUGUGGGAGAAUGGCGCUCAGGGCGAUUCACAUUUCCAUUAUGUGCUAAACUGAGCUGAUUUCUUGCCAUGAACAAGAU